CUCAUUGCAUGAUGCAGCAGGCCACUGCACUUUGAACAUGCAGCCCUGAAACAGGAACUACUUCUCUGCAAAGCGCCCUCGGCACACACACAGAUCCUCUCCUUAGGGUGUGUGAGGAGGUGAGGUCACAAGUUCCCGAACACUGCCUCUGCGUUAUACCAACACCACUACACACUUCCCUACAAGGAGGGCGGGUCCUGAACGCACACGGAGAGGGGGAGACAGACAGGAUCAGGGGAGGGUAAAGCCUGAAGCCCUCUCAAAGAAAGAGCGCGUCAAAGUUGAUAAAAGUUGUCGGGAUUGUGAAGAAUGACCAACCACUCGACUUACUCUAACGGUAUGCAGAACCUGCGGAGGGAGCACCUGUACAAGGUGUUGGUUAUCGGGGACCUGGGGGUCGGGAAGACCUCCAUCAUCAGGCGGUACGUCCAUCAGACUUACUCCACCAACUACAGGGCCACCAUCGGAGUGGACUUCGCUCUGAAGGUGCUCAACUGGAACACCAAGACUAUCAGACUCCAGCUGUGGGACAUUGCAGGUGAAGUUGUCAUUGUUGUUAAAGGGGGGCUGUCACAUUUGAAACUUGCAGUAUCCAGCUUAUUGGACCCUUUAAUUUACAAAUGUGCACCAUGUGGAGCUUAAUUUUAUUUAUUUUAUUUUUUGUGAAAAUAUGCCUGGAGACAAACAACCUUCUUUGGCAAAAAAAAAGUCUAAAUAUUGUGUUGCAAGGCUGGUUGUCAUAGUAACAGAUAAGCUGAUGCUUUUUUGAGAUACUACUAAUUUUGAAAUCGACAAGCAUGUCUGUAGUCACUUGAAGGAAAUUUCGAAACUUACAGAUGCACUGUCACUGUGGUGUGCUGGCUUCCUACACACACACCCACACACACACAUGCACACACACACACGCUAACACACACUUAAUGCUGAUGAAGGAUGACCAGCAGCCAGUCUUUCAGUCAUUCAUUCAAUGUAUGGUACCAUCAUGUGGUUUUAGCUCAUGUGAGGAAGAUUUAAAGGCCAGUCACAGGAGUGUCAUUGUAGUCUAAAUAAAAACAAACAUCAUUAGCACACACACAUGAAGCCACAUGCUUCAGGAGUUUAAUUUAACAUCAAAUGAGAUUAUAUGUUUAAGUCUAGACUACCUGGUGGUGAUGUGAGUUUGACACGCUGCACUUUGAAGCUGUUCGAGCUUUGCAGUUGCGCCAUCAGUUUAUUAAAUGACAGCCUGUCAGCUGACAUGAGUGACGUGCGUCUGUCUCAGACAGCUGUCAUAAACUGCACAUGAGGGUCCUGAGGAGGAAGUCCUGAUUCCAUGCGGUGUCAGAUUUUCCAUUUCCUCUUAAAUCAUGAGGCAAACAGCAGCAUUUAUCUUUAUUUAAACAGAUGGGUUUGGAGUUUUGUAUCUGUCUACUAUUCAGAAGAGGGUAUUAUAAGCUUCAUGUUCUGUUUUGGAUCAACAAACAGUCCUAUUCGGAAGCAGAACACACAUCCCCAGGUAUAGUGACAACAUUUGCAUACCUGCGCAAUGACAUUUCACCUGCUUGUAGUUAAACAGGUAUUGUUUAAAUGCAGUUAAGUUGAGGUCAGUGUGUUUUCAGUCUUGUUUGGGCAAAGUACAGGUUUUAAUUUAAGUAGGCCUAUUACCAGCAAGAACAAGUAGCUGCAUUGACUGUCUAGUUAAGUGCAACGUGACAGUAAGACUUCAGGAAUUUGCUGUUUCAUGGAAAAGAGGCAGGCGCUGCCAACUGCAUAAGAUGUUUGGCUGCAAAAAUGCAAGGAAACAAUGAAGACCUGUGGACAAACUGAUGGCUGGGAACCACAAUGUUGUUGAAACGAUAAUGACUUAUGCUUGUGUUUGUGCAUGUGUAUGUGCGUGUGUGUGUGUGUUGGUUCAACACAGGUCAAGAACGUUUUGGGAACAUGACCAGAGUCUACUACAGAGAAGCAAUGGGAGCUUUCAUAGUGUUUGAUGUAACGCGACACACCACCUUCGAGGCUGUGGUCAAGUGGAAGGAGGACCUGGACUCAAAGCUGACGCUAGCCGAUGGACAGAGCAUCGCCACUGUGCUGCUGGCAAACAAGUGUGACCAGGGCCGGGAGUUGAUCAGCAAUGGUAUCAAAAUGGACCAGUUCUGCAAGGACCAUGGCUUUGUCGGCUGGUUUGAGACUUCUGCUAAGGUAUGGUGGUUAGUUUUAUGGUUUAUUUAACUACUAAUGUUUGGAAUUACACCUGACUGUUAUGGGGCCUGCAUGUAGUGAUGGGCUCGGCGGUUCUUUUAGAUGUACUGAAUCACUAGAAUCAGUUUACUAAAAGGAUUCGUUCAAAAGAUUCGUUCACCAGAUAACAGAAUCAUUUAGCGGGGGAAGCCUGCGACUCAUACAUCCUGAACUGGUACACAGCUAAAUAGUACAGGAUUCAGUUCAAUUCAUAGCUUCUGGGACCGGGAGACAAGAGUGUUUGGCUGUGUUGCUUUGGCAAACAGGUUUGUAAAAAUAAACUUGUUUAUAAGUCAUGAUGUUGAGUGAUAAUAAGUGUAAUGUCCUAUGGUAUGCUAUUUAUCAGGUCUGCUCGGUAAACUGGGGUCAGUGAGUGAUUCGUUCACUGAACGUUUAGAAGAAUUCACACUGAACAUGCACCGUUCCCUCACAAACCGCUGCAAUGAUAGGAUGCUGCAGGUUAAAUGUACUACUUGUUACAUGCUGUGUCCUAUUGUAUGCAAGUUGUGGUGACAAUUUAGCAGUGAAAAAAAGGUAGUUUUGUCCGACAAAAAUGAUUCCAGAGAAUGUAGUUUAAUCGGUGAGUCGUUCACCAAGUGAUUCAGGCGUCGCUGCAGGUGGUCCCUCAUUCGCCGGCUGCUGGCCUGGCAGUGCUGUUUCUUACUUUAGCUCAAAUGGAGUGAGAAACGAACGAAUCACUUGAGGAAGUGAUUCGGUUCAGUACGUUCACUUAAAAGAUUCGGUUCUUUUGAAUGAAUCGUUCGCGAACGACACAACACUACCUGCAUGGAUGAACAAAUGGUUUGUUAUUUUAGUAAAAUACUCUUUCUUUCUUUCCUGAAAACAAGAAUUAAAAGCUUAAUGCCACUCCCCCUCCUGCAGGGUAAAUACAAGUCUGGGGCAAGAGGAGGAUUAGCUUAGUUUGAGGCAACAAACUCAGUCUGUGUAUGGAGGUAUUUUUUCUGUAUUAUUCUCUGGCCUAUUUCUCUUCUCUAUUUUAGUAUUUCAAGACUGAGCUAGAUAGUUUAAUUUAGCAGUCUCCAUACUAGCUAAGAUAACUGGCUCUUGGCAGUAGCUUCAUAUUUAGUUGAGAGACAUCAGUGUUAUUAAUAUUCUUUUGUAACUGUCAGCCAAGAUACAAGUGAGUGCAGAGGUCCUGAAAUGCUCAAGUUUGGCUUUAACCAUCAACAUAGUAAUGAAUGUGCAAAAUGGGUCUUUGCAGCAAGUGGCUGAUCCAGUAAGUGGAGAUCUUCUCCCACUCAGGUCGCUUCAGUCAGAGAAACUCGUCCACACAGAGCCAACUGGAAUUUCAUAUCCUCAUGGAAAGUGGCUCUGCGAAAUAAAUUAAAAAGACAGGGACAGAAAUAUUUAUUAAAAGGAAAAGUUUGAGUGUUAAAGUUUGUUGUUUCUGUAUUCUUUUCCACAGAAUGAAUUUAAUAAGAUGGGGACUUUGUAAUCAGUUUAUGGGGGAGUAUUUUAAGUAUAUAACAACUUUAAGUCCACAAAAGUGAUUAGAUCUUAUUGAUUUUACCUUUAUUAACAGACACAACUCUGAAAUUUGACAAACGUGUGUUUAACCAUACCUCUUAAGUACUAGUGUCCUUCUUAAGUAUAAUGUACCUGACUAAAGAAAACAAAGGGGAACAAAAGUCAACACUUAUUUUUUUUGAAACAUCACCUUUUUUAUCACUCACAGUACGUCACGUAUCUUUGAAUUCCUCAUUUGUUUUAUUCGCACGUCAUCUAUUGACACCAAAGUGCCGCUGCAGCAUAAGCGUGCCGAUGUUCUGGUGACAUCAAGAUGCAACAUUCUGAAAGGUCAAAGGUCAUAAGGUGCUAAGGUUUUAAAGGCGGGCUGUGAACUGACACGCAUCCCUCUUCGGUAGCAAUUAGAAAACAAUGUGACAGCCCCUUAAUGGAGUGGUUUUGAACACAUUAAGGUGUAGUGUACACACAUGGUGCUGUUCACGUGAAGGUGUUAAUAGCCAUACCAGAGAUCAACUGAUUCUGUUUUUCCAGGGCUAAUUCUGAUUAUUAGUAGUUCAUGAGACUCAUAACCAAUAUUUAGGACUGAUAUGCAUUUAUAGUAAAAAUGACAGUCUGUCUUUAUGUGCAAGAGGUAACUGGUUUUGCAUAUUAGGUGAGACUGAAUAACAAGUGACUACAAGCCCAGAGAGAGAGACCCAUUAGCAGAGAGUUGCCCUCUUUUUUAUUUAUCUAUUAUAUUGGUGGUCCGUACAAAAAACACUGAUACAGGUAACAGUCCAAAUGCCGAGUAUUGAGUACUGAAACAUUUUUCUGGGGGUAGUAGGCAUCUUUUACGCUCUUUUGUGCAGCACCCUACAAACAGAGAAAAUUCAGAGUUGAAAUCUGGAGGUGUGAGUAACAGCUGUGUGUCUCUCUCUUUUAUUUUUUCAGGACAAUCUGAACAUCGGUGAAGCGGCAAACUUCCUGGUCAAGCACAUAAUAGCCACAGAGAAUGAAAUCCUCAAAAGUGUGAUACCUGACACCAUCUCACCUCAGUACGACAACCACAGGCAGUCAAGCUGCUCCGGCUGCUUCAAAUAAUACCUGUGGAGAAUCUAAUAGAUACUAAGUCGGACUAAGAGGGAGACGCACAUCGCAGGACUUUCCAACAAAGUGAAAGUACCCAUGAGACAGUCUGAGGGACUGAGGAGAUUCAUGUGGAUAUAGCAGACUUUAGUAACUUGACAAACCGUGAGUUUAAAGUCCUAAACUCUUCAGGCCACCAUGGUAUUUCUUCUGGAUUAUUUUUUUGCAUAAUUAUUUAAGGUAUCAAAUAUCAAUCUUCCUUUUAGGAGUGUUCUUUCAUCUGGUUAAGAUAACAUUCCUUCUUCUAAUUAUAGUUUAACUGGAUUAAAGUCUGGAAACAUGCGCUGGGAUGGCCUCAACUCCACAUACACAGUGCUUGUAGUCUGACAAGAAGCAGUAUUGACAACUUUAGUAGGUCCUAACAAGAUCAGCUAAAUGUAAUUAUGUGAAUUUGCACAUUCAUUGCUUAUUUUUAUUUUGAUUUAACUUAUAUGCAGUUUCUGUGUUUAUGAAAUACUUUUCAUGUAAUGCUGGUGACUUUGUUAUGGUAAUCUGCUUUAAUACACCCCACAAAUGACUAUUGUGUAAAUCCUAUUAAAGCAGACAUAUUAAAGUAACAAUGCAUUCUUAUUAGUAGAAAUUUGUUUGUGGCAAGCUGCUGCAGAGAACAACAGAGUUUAACCCUUUUAGUGGAAGAGAGAGAGAGAGAGAGAGAGAGAGAGAGAGAGAGAGAGAGAGAGUGGGUGUUCAAUGUAUGUACUGGUGUUUGGUUAUUUUUUUUAAUUCUAAUAAGAAACAGAAGAAGAGCAUUGAUUGUCUGGAUGUAAACCGCACAUACUUAUGAGUCCGCCUGCAAGAGCCGAACCCUCUGUAUCCAUGGUAACUGGCUCAAGUCUUUUUUAUGGGUACCCUCAAACGUCUGUGUGAAGCUAUUUCUUGCUGUACUUACCGCUCUACAGACACAAACACACAUGCACACAGACUUUUCCACCGCCCGUGUCCUUGUUCAACUUUUUCCUCCUCGGUUCCUGAUUUCUUUUUUUUUUUUCUUAUCUGAAGAUCCCUGUCCUCACUCAGCGUGGAUGUCUUCUUUUUAAAUGUCACCUGCUCGCCCUUUUCGCUACUUUCUCCUCUGAUUCAGCAUCUACUGCACAUUACAUAAAUCUGCACAGGCUCAACUCCACACCCACAUAGGCGGUUUGAUUUAUUGAUCUUCCAGGGAGAUGACACUGUUGCAUUGAUGCAACUGUUCCCCUGCUUUUGAUGCAUCUCUGUACAAAGCUGCUUGUCGGCGGUGUCCCCUGUAAAAGCCGGACGAGCUGUUGUCAAAGCUGUCUUUAUUCGUCCUACUGCAACUUGUGGGCGAUAUAACUUUAUGACCUCAUAUAAGACGAUGUUUACUUAAGUCCAUGGUUAUAAAAUGUGCUGAAGCCAACUCAGUUAAUUUCAUUAUGUGGUCUUUCACCAGUUAAAGAAAUGUCAGUAAAUGUAGCCUAUAGCCUCAUACACAUUGUAACUCCUCAGCACAUUGCAUUACAGAGAUGCAGAAGCUGGAUUAGCACAGUUUAUAGACACAUAGCAGACAUACACUCAACAUGCUUAAAUGGGCGUUUUCUACCCUUCAUUCCACCUCUGUUAUGACCUCUGAGGGAGGAUCAGAGGCGGGACAACUUUGCACCACCAUUAGGCUAUGGCUCUGUGUGUUACACAUUGCAGACCAGGAGUCACAGGGGUUGUAAAUAUCCAGCCUUGAAACAACAGGAUGUUAGGGUCAUGACAUUAUCUGUUACCUGCAGUGUUCUGUUUUGUGGCAACUACAGAUAAAUAAUCGGGCUCAUUAAUGGCAUUAUGACAAAAUCUGUAUCAUAUUGGUGAAAGUUGAUGUUACCAUUAUCUGUCCUAAAUAAAACCAGAUCUUUCCCAUCGCA